AGCCAUCAGUUUAUGGCAGUCUCUUCUAGAGAUAAGUUCGCGAUCGAAUGCUUUUCCUGUUAAAUCUGGUAUUAAAUUUGACUGAUUGACCUAAUUGGAGCAUUAAAUAUAUAAUAAAAUAUUUAUCUUUCCUUCUUUAAAUGUGCAUACAAAAUUGUGUGAAGUAACAGAUAUUCGGACGAAAUUUAACAUGACAUUCUUAAAACUAUUAUUAAAUAGUAGUAUAAUAUACAUAACCAUAAUAGCAAUAGCGACUCCUAUCGCUAAUGAAGAAUCAAAAAUCAAAGGAAUAGAAACCGAUGAAGAAUCGAAAAUCGCAAUGCCCAGUGUAUUAAACAACAAAUCAAGCAAUAUAUCAGAUUAUAUGUUUCCAAUACAUUAUAAUAUAAAGAUAAUGUUAGGCACUGAUUAUCUUCAUAGCGUAUGCAUAAUCACUUUAAAUAUUUCUUAUGCAAAACGAUACAUAAGAUUUUAUGUACCGGAUGCAACAUUUAUAGUGUUCUCAAAUCUUACAUUAAAUCAAAAUAAUGAUACGGUUUAUGAAGCAAAUCACACAAAUAUUAUUAAAAACAAUAUUGUCGUGCUCGAUUUCGGUGAUGUCUCGUUUCAUGGAAUAUACGAUUUGUAUAUAGAGUACAUAAUCUCAAUUAAUAUCGUAAGGGAAUCUUUCGGAACUCCAUACAUAAACGAAAAUGAAGAAAUAGAGUGGUUAAUCGCAACAGGAGUCCAGCGAAGAAACAAGUAUCAAACGAAAAAACAGCAAAUGUUUCCAUAUUGGGACAAGCCAAAAUUAAGAAUUACUUUUAUUAUUUCCAUAAUACAUUAUCCAAAAUACGAAGUUUGGUCAAAUAUGCCGAUACGAGAUAUUAAAUUGACGGACGAUAAUUUGAUAUGGACAUUUUUUAACGCUACUCCUUUAAUCUCCAUAGAUAGAGUAGCAUUUCUGGUAUCCCGUUUUCAUCACAUCAUCCUCUCGGAUAAUGAAACAAUUCGUUCGUCCAUAUCGUACAGACCACAAUCGGAACCGCAUUUAGAAUUUGCGAAAACUGUUAUUUCUUCCACCAAUGUAUACAUGCAUAGAUGGAAUAUUUGGAGGAGAGAACUUGCGUCGCUAACUUCUGUUUCAUUUGAGAACAAAAUCGAUCAUGUCGUAAUUCCGGAUUUACAAAAUGAAAUCGAACAGUCUUUUGGUUUUAUUUUUUAUCGAGAAGCAGAUAUCACUUAUAAUGAAGAAUUAGAUCCUGUCGCAUACAAAACGAGAAUUGCGCGCUUAAUUGCACGUGGGAUUAGACGAAAAUACAUUAGAAAUCUGUUCAGACCAACUAACUUAUGGCCUCAUACAUGGUUAAACAAAGGAUUUAAUAUGUUUUAUUCAGAAUACAUUAUCGACAAGGCUCUGCCAAAUUCCCGAAUGAUGGAUCUGUUUGUAGUUCAAAUUCAACAUGAAUUAUUCUAUCUAAAUACAUAUGUUAUUAUAAAUUCUACUAUAAAAUAUAAUAGUUAUCCUGAAAAUUAUUUACAGUCUUCUCUUUCUCAAAUUAAAG